UAAAUUAGUCUGUGAAAAUAACACAGGAGUAGUUGUGUUGCACGUAAUCUUUAUUUUCAAUUUCUACAUAAUUUUCAGUGAUAUUCAUUUUAAUAAAAAAUGAAGUUUAGAAUUAUGUAAACAGUAUACAUCUAGUUGGAGACAGUGACACUGUCGCUGUUGUUGAAGCUUAUCAGUAAAAGGUCAACGAAAUGUUGCGAGGGUAAUUUGGAAUUUUUGACGGGAAUUUAUCAAAACAAUGGUUCCUGCGCCGAGUUGUCCUGAUACAUGGGACUACUGGACGUCCUCACCAUCGGACUAUGUAGAGCUGACAUGUCUCCUACCCAAUUCUAUUUACAUUCCUUUGAAAGUGAGCUGGGAUGCUACUCUUCAUGAUGUCAAGGAGGAACUAUGGGACAGAGCAGGGAGUUAUCCCUUAUUUGGGAUGCUCCAUGAGAUGUCUGGUUAUGUUUUCCAAUUUGUCAAUUCCCUUGCUGCACCAGAGGAGGUUGAUGAUGAGAAUAAACGUCUCCGAGACAUCAAACCAGUAUGUGGUGUUCUUAUGAUAAUAGAAAGAUCUGUGAAGCGACCAGGAGAACAAUUAUUAAAUACACAGAUUAGUCACUUAAUUGGAAAAGGAUUAAAUGAAUUUGAUAGUUUGAGAAGCUCUGAAGUAAAUGAUUUUCGCAAGCAAAUGCGCUGUUUAGCUGAAGAGAGUCUAAUGCGAAGAUUACAAAGCACAUGGCAGGAGAGGCUAAGAUAUCAGUGCCCACCAAGACUUGCUGACCAACCAGUGCCUGCUACACUCAAAAGCCAUCUGAAUAAGAACUGCUUCAUACUUGUCACAAAGUUUGCCAAUUCAGAGUUUUCAUCGUCACUAUGUGUACCUAUCGCGCGCACGCCGCAGCAACAUAUUGAGAUAAUCCUCCGGAAGCAGGCGACCUCACUAAACAUGCGCAUAGAGCACGCCUCCAACUACGUACUAAAAGUCUGCGGUCGCGAAGAGUACCUGUUCGGCGACUACCCGCUCAUACAAUUCCAAUACAUCCAGGAGAUGCUUUCUCGCGACCUCGUGCCUCAAGUGAUGACCAUCAGCAUGGACAAACUACAGUUUUUGUCUGAUGCACAACGUUAUCGUAUACCAGAACGUGAUAGACUGAUGUCGGAGCACUCGAACACGAUGCGCAAGCGCAAGAAUGAAUCUUCGUGGCACAUUGAUAAGAAUUAUUCUUGUACCGUACUCUGCGUGGGUGGACUCAACGUAGAUCCUGGCAGAGUAGUUGAGGUUAUUUGUCAAGCUGGCAUAUUCCAUGGCGGGAAAGCGUUGUGUGAGGCUCAGAAGACUCGCGCUGCUCCCGUGUCUCGUGAUGGAGUGGCACAGUGGGAUCAGGAGUUGAAAUUCCCUGUAAAAGUCCAUAACGUACCCAGGAUGGCUCGUCUCUGCUUUGGUAUCUAUGAAAUCAUCAAGAUCAAGAGCAAGAAGCGCGGGAAAGAAGCGAGCAAGGAUUCCAUCAACAAAUUGGCGUGGGCGAAUACAAUGAUAUUCGAUUACAAGGACCAGUUGCCUACUGACGGUAUGACCUUAUAUAUGUCGACACACGUCGCAGACGAGACCCAAGGAGACGAUCAGCUGUUACAUCCGCUGGGCACUGUACUGACUGGUACGAAUACAGACUCCUGCGCAGCGUUACAAGUCCGAUUUUCAAACUACGAAUGCCAAUAUCCAAUUUUAUUUCCUAAACAAGAAAUUGUACGCGCGUACUCGGAACGCGUUGAAACUAUAGCGCCGGACGCAGUCGCCCGGCUAGGUAGAGAUUUUGAGAAGUUACGAGUUACCGCCGAAAAAGACCCUAUGUACGAGAUGCAUGAGCAAGACAAGAAAAAUAUGUGGGCGCUGAGGAAUCAUUUCCGCGAGGAGGCACCCGAGCUGUUGCCUCGCCUGUUGUCGUGCGUGGAGUGGGGGGAGCGCGCGGAGGCGGCGGCGGCGUCGCGUCUGGUGGCCGAGUGGCCGCCGCUGCCGCUCGAGUCCGCGCUGGAACUGCUCGAUUACGCGUACGCCGACCAUGCGGUCAGGAGCUUCGCUGUACGGUGUCUGGAGAAGAUCAGUGAUGAAGACCUACUACUGUAUCUACUACAAUUGGUACAAGCACUGAAACAUGAAUCGUAUCUGAUGUGCGACCUCUCCGUGUUCUUACUACAGAGGGCGUUCAAGAACAUGAUCAUAGGACAUUACCUCUUCUGGCACUUGAGAUCUGAGAUGCACAUGCCAUCUGUAUCGGUCCGGUUCGGUCUGAUGCUGGAGGCGUACUGCCGCGGCUGUCAGGAUCACAUCAACAGUCUCAUGCGUCAGAUCGCCUGUCUAGACAAACUCAAGUGGGCAAGUCAAUGUAUUCGUAAGAAAAAGGAGAUCUCAAAAGCGCGAGCUGCUCUACAGCAGCAUCUACAAGAGCAGCAUUGUAUCGAAACUCUCUCGGAUUUCGUUUCACCCCUGAAUCCCAGCUUCGUGUGUAGGAGAAUCAAACCGGAACGAUGUCGGGUGAUGGAUAGUAAAAUGCGACCGCUAAUGGUGGACUUCGAGAACGUGGACCCCAACGGUGCCGACAUAAGGAUUAUACUGAAGAUAGGAGACGAUCUGAGACAGGAUAUGUUCACGUUACAAAUGCUAAGGAUCAUGGAUCGACUAUGGAAGAGUCAUGGAUAUGACUUUAGAUUGAGUCCGUACAACUGCAUCUCUAUGGAGAACGAAGUGGGCAUGAUCGAGGUGGUAGAGGAAGCAGAAACAGUCGCCAACAUACAGAAACAGAGCGCUUUGUUUAACGCAGCCUCCACCAUAUACAGAGCUACUCUACUCCAAUGGUUGAAGAAACAAACUGAAGAUGAAGGUGGUAAACAAAACGAGGUGGCUUUCAAUAAAGCAGUGGACGAGUUCACUAUGAGCUGUGCCGGAUACUGCGUCGCUACAUACGUGCUCGGGAUCGCUGAUCGGCAUCCCGACAAUAUCAUGGUCAAGAAAAGUGGACAGCUGUUUCACAUAGACUUCGGCCACUUCCUGGGUCAUUUCAAGCAGAAGUACGGGUUCAAGCGGGAACGUGUCCCGUUCGUGUUGACGCACGACUUCAUACACGUCAUCAACAAAGGCCAGAGAGGGACGGGUGAUAACGAGCCCAUAGACUUCAAGAUAUUCCGUGAACAUUGCGAGACGGCGUUCAGAAUUCUCAGGAAGCAUGGGCAUUUAAUCCUGUCACUUUUCUCGAUGAUGAUCUCAACCGGUCUGCGCGAGCUCAGCUCCGAGAAGGACCUCCAGUAUCUGCGCGAGACACUCGUAAUGGAUCUAUCUGAGGAGAAAGCUAUGGAGCAUUUCCGUUCUAAAUUCAGCGAGGCGAUGAAGAACUCUUGGACUACAUCGUUCAACUGGGCGAUACACAAUAUAGACAAGAAUAACUGACAGCGACCCGUCGGCCGCCGCCUCAAGCGGCUCCCGCCCAAACAUCAGCCGCAGACGCUGUGAGAUAACAGACUUUAAUUAUAUAAUGAUUCGGUUCAAAUUCGCUUGUUCCUCUCAUAUAAAACAUUGGACGAUUCAUUGUCACCGCUGCCGUGUAUUCUCGAUUUCUUUAUCAAGAACAGGUUAGAUAUAUUAGUCUCCGGAUAAACCAUGGUACUUGAAUCAUUUUGAUUAGUCGGAAACAUCUAGAGUUAGGUUUUCCUGUAAUUUCAUAGAAAAUAAAUCUUGUGAGCAACUGUUGAUUGGUUAUGACAGUACCACAGCUCAAGUCAUGUCUUGUUAAAAAGUUUGAACACACUUUAACAAUACAAUUUUUAUGGGACUUGGACGUGUAUGGUUUUAUAUAAAUUUUUACUUAUAUAAAACCAUACACGCCAAACGUUUUGAUUCCAACAAAGAUUUAGAUGACCAACAUUUACCGAUAAAAAAAUAUGAUUGUAGAAUGAUAUAAAACGCGCUUAAUUCGUUUAAAGUUGUUUUAUUAAACAAAUUCGGAAUGUUAUUGUAUUCGCUGGGUGCGAAGUAGGAGGUGGGGGAACCACGAAACGAUCGAAGCGCGCACUGUGGCGGAAAAAGGAACUGCGGUCGGACGAACUGUUACUUUUUACUUGAUAAAUUAUCGGAAUUUUAAGUAAAAAUAAAUAAUUAUGUGUCACGAAACAAGCUGCGUGAUUGACAGAAACCGUGAUCGAUGUCGAGAGGAUAUUUUUUAAAAUUCCUGCAAUGAUUCCAAGAAGUAAAAAUUUCAUAAUGCUAACGUGAUUAUAUUUUUAUUUAGCUACCGCCAGAUAAUUACGUCUGCCAUUUUAGAGCAGCAAUGUUUUACCGGUUUGCAUUAAUCGACGAAUAAGUAUAGGUGAAUCCGUAACAAAACACAACAAUGGUAGUAUGAGUACUAAGAAAGGUGUUUAUAAUAAUUAAACUGAGUUUAAAACAUUAACCUUUUUACAUCUCCAACAAGUUAAGCCGAAACCAAUUAUUUACUUUUAUGUUUGUUCAUGGUUGGGAUGUUGUGUGUUCGGAAUCCAGUUUUUAUAAUUAAUUUGUCUAUGUUUUAACUGAAUGUUUUAAGAGAAAGUAAAAAGUCUGCAUUAUUAACGACACUAUAGUUAUAAAUGAUUGUCUGGAAUAAAUAUAUGUAAUGCGUUAUUCGAUUAAAUUUGUAAAUUUUUUUACGUUCGUGUGUACUAUCUAAAAUUUACUGAUUAUUGCAUUUUAGACGAG